GGGUCUUUUCCCCCCAGCCAAGCUUCGCCAGAUUCCCAGGAGCUGCUGUCUGGCUCCUCGGCUUGUGGCUGUGGGUCCCGCCAGACUCGCCUUCCUCACAAAGCUCCGGGACCCCCAUCACCCCCGCGUCCUCCGCCCACCAGGCUGGGGUCGCAGACCCCCCCAGUCGCCUCCCCCUCGUCUACUGCAGCUCCUGCGUCUCCAGUUCCUAAGACAAGAUGCCGUCGGGCUUCCAACAGAUCGGCUCUGAAGAUGGGGAACCCCCUCGGCAGCGAGUCACUGGGACCUUGGUCCUUGCCGUAUUCUCUGCUGUUCUUGGCUCCCUGCAGUUUGGCUACAACAUUGGGGUCAUCAAUGCCCCCCAGAAGGUGAUUGAACAGAGCUACAAUGAGACCUGGCUGGGGAGGCAGGGGCCUGAGGGACCAAGCUCCAUCCCACCAGGCACCCUCACCACCCUCUGGGCUCUCUCUGUGGCCAUCUUCUCUGUGGGUGGCAUGAUCUCAUCCUUCCUGAUUGGCAUCAUCUCUCAGUGGCUGGGAAGGAAGAGGGCCAUGCUGUUCAACAACGCCCUGGCAGUGCUGGGGGGCACCCUCAUGGGCCUGGCCAAGGCAGCUGCCUCCUACGAGAUGCUCAUUCUUGGGCGGUUCUUCAUUGGCGCCUACUCAGGGCUGACGUCGGGGCUGGUACCCAUGUACUUGGGGGAGAUCGCCCCUACUCACCUGCGGGGCGCCCUGGGGACACUCAAUCAACUGGCCAUCGUCACUGGCAUCCUAAUUGCCCAGGUGCUAGGCUUGGAAUCCAUGCUGGGCACAGCCACCUUAUGGCCACUCCUCCUGGGCAUCACCGUGCUGCCUGCCCUCCUGCAGAUGGUCCUGCUGCCCCUCUGCCCAGAAAGUCCCCGCUACCUCUACAUCAUCCAGAACCUGGAGGGGCCCGCCAGAAAGAGUCUGAAGCGCCUGACGGGCUGGGCCGACGUGUCUGAGGUGUUGGCUGAGCUGAAGGAGGAGAAGCGGAAGCUGGAGCGUGAGCGGCCCCUGUCCUUGCUCCAGCUCCUGGGCAGCCACACCCACCGGCAGCCCCUCAUCAUCGCCAUUGUGCUGCAGCUGAGCCAGCAGCUGUCAGGCAUCAAUGCGGUUUUCUAUUAUUCGACCAGCAUUUUUGAGUCAGCAGGGGUAGAGAAACCAGCCUAUGCCACCAUCGGAGCCGGCGUGGUCAACACAGUCUUCACCUUAGUCUCGGUGUUCUUGGUGGAACGGGCUGGGCGCCGGACCCUCCAUCUCCUGGGCCUGGCAGGCAUGUGUGGCUGCGCCAUCUUGAUGACUAUGGCUCUGCUUCUGCUGGAGCGGGUUCCAGCCAUGAGCUAUGUCUCCAUUGUGGCCAUCUUUGGCUUCGUGGCCUUCUUUGAAAUUGGCCCUGGCCCCAUCCCCUGGUUCAUCGUAGCCGAGCUCUUCAGCCAGGGACCCCGCCCAGCGGCCAUGGCAGUGGCUGGGUUCUCCAACUGGACGUGCAAUUUCAUCAUUGGCAUGGGUUUCCAGUAUGUGGCGGAUGCUAUGGGUCCCUACGUCUUUCUUCUAUUCGCGGUCCUCCUGCUUGGCUUCUUCAUCUUCACCUUCUUAAAAGUGCCUGAAACCCGUGGCAGGACGUUUGACCAGAUCUCAGCCGUCUUCCGCCGGACACCUUCUCUUCUGGAGCAGGAAGUGAAACCCAGCACAGAACUGGAGUACUUAGGGCCGGAUGAGAAUGACUGAGGGUCCACACAGGGGUGGGAGAGCCAGUUCUCUCCACUUGCCCAGAGACCCCCUCUCCUUUCCUCUGCAGCACUUUAACCCUCUCUUCCCCAUUACUUCCAGGGCAGAGAAAACCCCUGCAGCCUGGUGGGGUUGGGAAGCUGGAGGGAAGGGUGGUCUGAGCACCCCCUCAUUCCCCUCGUGUGACCUCUUGGAUUAUUUGUGUUGUGGUUAGGCAGUGGCUGUGGGGUGGGUCAGUCUCCCCUCCAUCCCCUCCUUCUUCAGUAGCCACCCCACCCCACCUCAGCUCCAGAAUACUUGUGCCCUGGCUAGUGAAGGGGGUUUACAGGGAGGAGAGACUCUAGGACUGACUUUCCGGUGGGGGUGAACCAAAGCCCGAGAGCAGGACAGAAGAGAGAUCCAGUUCCUGCCACCUUGGACUCCUCCCCUUCUGGCACUUCCUUGGAAUUCUUGCCACAGACUCUGGGUGAAAGGGGAGGGGGUCUGUCUGUCCCCUCCAGGGCAAAGGACACACCCCCUUCCCAAGAUUUAAUCUCACUUCUCACACGGCAGGCUCAGUCCUCUUGCUCAGCCUUCCAGAGCGAGAGGGAACACGCAUCCAUCCAUGGCGAGAGGAAGGGACAGUGGGCUCCCCUCUAGACUCAGGGUUCUGGGCUCCACCCCCGUUGCUCCACAAGGCUGCCAGGUGGGGGCUCCGGCUCUUCCCUCCUCUCCCAUCCUGGGAGGGUAUUAUACGCACGGGCUUUUGACCAACUAAGGGCAAGAGGGAUUUGAAAGGCUGCCUGUAAACACUGGGCUGGGAGGAGCCUUCAGAUAUUUUUGUAUAUGUUUGAAAAAGCAGGGGCAGGGAGGAAAAACUGAAGGUCUGUUGUACUAAAUGUAUAUAUAGAGAGAUCCAUAUAUAAAGUUACUGUAUGA